AUGCACGAGGCGUUCUCAAGGCUUAUAAAUCGACGGGAUGAGGAUAUGUUCUCGUUUUUCCAGCCAGAUUCACAGAUCUUUCUCGAAUACCAACCCCUGCACCGACACAUGCUCACACCAAAAUCCCGGGAUUGCUCGGAGCCGUCAAUCGAUAAAUCAUCAGAAGUAUUACCGGAUCAACCGUUAUCCGAACGAUCCAUAUGCCCAUAUCAUCACAUUUUGAAUUACGACGAGAAAAGGAUACCCGCCGCAAUUUCAGAAGUCGAGUGUUCCUGUCCGCAUGUGAAGGUUCAUGGCGGCAUAAUCCACUGCGAGCCAAUGAUGUACAACAUGCGAGUGAUGCUCUUCGACGACUCGUGCGACAAAUAUGUGGAACGAGUACAAAAAGUCGCACUUGCGUGUGUUCCGGUGUUCUCGAACCACAUCAGCUCGGGAACCCACUCGCAUUCCCUGCCAACACCGCCAUCAACACCACUUUAGCAUCAUUUGUUUCAUCAUAUCAGUAGUAGAUUGUUAGAAUCCAAAGUUUUUUCCCUAUUUUUGUGAUCUCAGCUGUUUUCUGUAUAAAUUGAAAAAAAACCCUCGCCUAAAAUUCUGAAUUUUGCCAAAAACCGAUAUUUUUUGUGUCAUUUUCAUUAAAUGUUCAAUUUUUCCGUCUCAUUUCAUAAUUUGCAUUUCUCGAUUUCCUAUUUGUUUCACUUUUUGUCCUUUGACCCCAUUUUUCCACACUAAUCGGGUAGUUUUUUUGGUUCUUUAUAUGUCAAAUGAAUAUUUUUUUUGGUUCAAA